UGCAGAGCAGAUUGAUUUGUGUAGUUCAACUUUAAUUUCCAUUUCAUUUACGUCCCGCUGGUUUCAUUUGCGAGUAAUUCGCCUACCAGACUAACCAACGAGAGCGGAGCACUAAUCGGGGCGAAGGGUAUUUUGGUGCCCGCGGGCCCUCGCGGUUCGUAGAACCACGCAGCGCCAUGGCCACGAACGAAGCGAAUUCGGCCCACGGUGGCAGCAGCUUCGAGGAGUUUAUUUCACAGUUUAACGCCAGAGUGCAGCUACAGAACCCAACGUAUCAGUAUUGUGGUGUGACGUCCAACUUAACGCCAACCGCAGCCGAAUUUGUUCCGCGCAAACACCAACCAAAUAGGGGGCCAGCUGCCCCUACCGACGGUGGUGACUUCUGUCCUCCCCAGAGUGCACCGCCCGAUGAGGAGCGUGCCCCAGUUCCUGGGCCUUCAAAUUACUACUCUUCGAACCGGCUCUCGGGCGGAAGUGGUCGUACGCGUCGGAACGAAAGCCUUAAGCCACGAAACGGUUGGCACACGCGCGAUGAUCGUCCGGUGGGGCGUGGAAAAUGGCGACCGAAUCAACCGCAGGCAGGAAGUGGCCGUUUGCGAGGUGGCAACGCGACGUUCGGAGACGACGAGUAUGACGAAGGCCACCCUCCGGCACGCCAAAGCAGCACCCGUCAGCAGCGGACGACUCAGCAGAAUCAGAUGGCCAGUUUCGGGCCAGAUAACCAACCGACACUGGCAGCCCCACCAGCAACAAAGCAAGCGGUGGAUGAAUCCUUCACACCGCUGUCAAAGUGCUCGCAGCGAGAGAAGUUGAUUCGAGAGAUCGAGUGCUACCGUCUCGAGUGCCUAGUAUGCUGUGAAAUCGUGAAGCCAACCAAACCGGUGUGGUCGUGCGGGAGCUGCUACCACAUACUUCAUCUCGGGUGCAUUACGCGCUGGGCCACGAGCUCCCAGGGAGACGAUGGGAGCUGGCGAUGUCCGGCGUGCCAGAACGUGUCGAAAGUGGUCCCUCGGGAGUACCUGUGUUUCUGCGGGAAGCAGAAAAACCCAAUCUAUAAUCACAACGAUUUGGCUCAUUCGUGCGGUGAGGUUUGUGGGAGGCGCGAGCUGUGCGGUCAUCCCUGUACGCUGCUGUGUCAUCCGGGCCCUUGCCCAUCGUGCCAGGCAACGGUGCAGCGUCGGUGCGGCUGUGGUCGGUUGGAAAAAUCCAUGCAAUGCAGCCUGAAGGAUGCUCUGGUGUGUGGUGCGCUGUGUGAUAAGCCGUUGAACUGCGGGGCUCACAAAUGCGACAAACGCUGCCACCCGGAGGACUGCGAAAAGUGCCCGGAGCAAGUACAGCACCAGUGCCACUGUGGAAAGAACGAGCGGAAGGUGGCGUGCACGGAGGAGAAUUUGCUGACCGUAUGGUAUGGUUGUGAGGAACUGUGUUCCAAAACGCUCAGCUGCGGCAAUCACCAGUGCCGGCGACUGUGUCACGAGGGAAAAUGCGACCCAUGUGCCGAUGCUCCGGAACGGGUUCUCAGUUGCCCGUGUGGACGGGAGGCGCUCGAGCCGGGUAGCCGAACGUCCUGCCUCGAUCCGAUUCCCACCUGCACGGGGAUCUGCGGUCGCAAGCUGAAAUGUGGGCCACCCGGAGCAAACCACGGCUGUGAAGUGCAGUGUCACGCGGGCGACUGUCCGCCGUGCAAAAAAUCGACCAUGGUCAAGUGCCGCUGUGGCAAUAUGGAUCAGCCGAUGAAGUGCAAGGAGCUGACGACGCGUGCCGAUGACGCACGGUGCAAGAAGCGAUGCGUCCGCCGGCGUAACUGCGCGAAGCACAAGUGCAACCAGCUGUGUUGUAUCGACAUCGACCAUAUUUGUCCGAAGACGUGCUCGUUGCCGCUGUCCUGCGGCCGGCACCGCUGCGACAAACCGUGCCACAAAGGCAACUGCCAACCCUGCCACCGUGUGUCGUUCGAUGAGCUGACGUGUGAAUGCGGAGCGAACGUGAUCUAUCCGCCGGUGGCAUGCGGGACCCGGAAACCGGCCUGCGAUCGUCCCUGCCCACGGCGGCACUCGUGUGAGCAUGCACCACUGCACAACUGCCACUCCGAAAGCGACUGUCCACCGUGUGUGGUGCUGACGGCCAAAUACUGCUACGGCAAGCACGAACAGCGCCGCACCAUUCCCUGCUAUCAGGAAUCGUUCAGCUGCGGAAUGCCUUGCGCGCGGCCACUCGGCUGCGGACGCCACAAGUGUAUUCGUCCUUGCCACGAGGAUGUGUGCACGGUGGAGGGCGCCGCCUGCAAGCAGAACUGUGUGAUCGAACGGGAGGGCUGCGGGCAUCCGUGCAACGCUCCGUGUCACGAGGGUGACUGUCCGGUGGAUAAAAUUCUCUGUCGUGUAUCGGUAGAGGUAACGUGCGAGUGUGGCAAUCGGAAGCAGCAGCGUACGUGCCACGACUUUUCCAAAGAAUAUCGUCGGAUCGCUUCGGUGCAGCUUGCCUCGUCGGUGCAGGAAAUGCAGCGCGGAGGUUCGGUCGAAUUGAGCGACAUUUUGGGAUCGACCCGGCCGAAAAGCAACAAAACACUGGAGUGUAACGACGAGUGUCGCUUGCUUGAGCGAAACCGUCGGCUGGCCAUGGCAUUGCAGAUUCGAAAUCCGGACCUUCCUUCGAAACUGCAGCCAAACUAUAGUGAGUUUUUGCGCACGUACGCCAAAAAGGAUUCGGCGUUGGUGCAGAUGAUUCACGAGAAGCUAACCGAGCUGGUAAAGCUGGCCAAGGAAAGCAAACAAAAGUCCCGUUCACACUCGUUUCCGGUGAUGAAUCGCGAAAAGCGGCGCGUGGUACACGAGAUGUGCCACAUGUUUGGCGUAGAGUCGGUUGCGUACGAUGCCGAACCGAAUCGGAACAUCGUCGCGACUGCCGAUCGAUUCACGUCGUGGCUCCCUAGCAUGAGUCUGAUGGAGGUGUUGCAGCGCGAAAACGGUCAAAGGCGUAUCAUUGUUCCGAAUCUAAACGCUUGGGGCAGGACGGGCUACAACGCGACCAGCAGCGGCAGCAAAUGAAGGAAGUGACUGUCGUAUAGAAUUUUCGUGGCGACGUCAUUUGUUCACAGUUUAGCCGGAAGUCGGUACAGGAUAGGGUUGGUCGUAUUUUAAUCUAAAAACAUUACAUUUUUUGUUUCCGUGUUCUUUUAAUAAACCAAACAGCACAGCGUGAGAGGCGAUCGG